GCUCCGGUUCACUACGGGAUCUCGAGAAAAAAUCUCUUAUGCAAGAAGGAUGAAAGACGUUUUGGCCCCUAGUAAAGAUAACAGGUCACGCAAGACCACUGUUAAAAUAAACUCUACUAGGCUCUAUAAGACUAUCCGAAGCGGAAAUAUUUCCGAAAUCGUUGCACAACACUUAAAAAAAUGAAACAUGGUAAAAUGGGAAACAACUUGACAACACUGUGGCAUCCAGAAUAAAAAUGGCGGUUUUGACAACUAUGACGGUUUAUUGUUGUCAUUUUUACUUAACCUUUAACCUCUAUUUUAUUUGUGUUUUGGGUGGCUGGCUGAGCAGGGAAAGUUGUGGGCGUAAAGGUGCUGCCGAUUAUUUGAUUUUGUGAUGUCUGGAAAUUUUUGGCAAAGCUCUCAUCAUCAACAAUGGUUAUUAGAUAAACAAGAUUUGAUUAGAGAAAGGCAACAUGAUUUAUCCAUUCUUGCUGAAGAUGAAUAUCAAAAAAUAUUCAUCUUUUUUGCUAGUGUGAUACAAACCCUUGGUGAGCAGCUUAAACUCAGACAACAAGUAAUAGCCACUGCAACAGUGUAUUUUAAAAGAUUCUAUGCAAGAAAUUCUUUGAAAACUAUAGAUCCUUUAUUAUUAGCACCUACAUGCAUCUUCUUAGCUUCAAAAGUUGAAGAAUUUGGUGUUAUUUCUAAUUCUAGACUGAUCACAACGUGCCAGAAUGUCAUAAAAAAUAAGUUUAGCUAUGCAUAUACGCAGGAGUUUCCGUAUAGGACGAACCAUAUACUUGAAUGUGAAUUUUACCUACUAGAAAACUUAGACUGCUGCUUAAUAGUGUAUCAACCUUAUAGACCUCUGCUACAAUUAGUACAGGAUUUGGGUCAUGAGGAACAGCUGUUGACAUUAGCAUGGAGAAUUGUGAAUGAUUCCUUGAGGACAGAUGUUUGUUUACUGUAUCCACCUUAUCAGAUAGCCAUAGGAUGUUUACAGAUAGCUUGUGUAAUUUUACAGAAAGACCAUAAAAGUUGGUUUGCCGAGUUGAAUGUAGAUAUCGAGAAGAUACAAGAAAUUGCAAGGUACAUAAUAAAUCUGUUUGAAUUGUGGAAAACAUACGAUGAAAAAAAGGAGAUUCAAGGUCUCCUAGCUAAAAUGCCAAAACCCAAAGCUGCCCCCCAAAGAUAGAACAAGACUGAUUGUUACAUGAAAUUAUUAUAUAGGUGAAUAUGCGGUAUUUGGGUUUCCAGUGUCAACUUAGAAAAUUAUCUUAUUUUUGUCAACAGACUAUAUGAUUUGUGAUACAUGUUUGACAGGGUGGGAUAAUAUUUUGAUUUCGAUAGCUUUUAUAGAUAGGUACCAGGGGAAAAUGUGUGGCCAGAGGGGUGACAUUCAAACUACUAACGUGGUAUUAAAGACAUUUAGCUAAAUAAUUUCAAUAGUUCUUUAUUAAAAAUAACAAGUCUUCAGCUCUUCGUCUUGAAAUAAGGGAAUCGAAGUCCCUCAGGAUCAUAGUUGUUUUGAAGCUAGACUUUUUUUUUUGAUAGCGGGUCGCAGUCCUUGCUUUCAUUAUUUAUAAUAUUUGUUAUUCUAAAGGAACGACAAAAAGUAGAAAGUAAAAAAAACAAUUGACGCGGAAAGCUACCAGAGAAGUGAUGCCAUGGUAGUGAUAGAAAUGUACAUGUCCUUGAAAUAAAGCGCCAUCUAUUGCCAGCAUCAACCGCUCAAGAGAGCGCAUAGAGCAGCUGUUGGUCAGAACUGUACUGUCAGUCCAGAUUUAAUAAACCACUUUCAAAAGGGUAUCUGACGAAACUGACGCAUCCCUGGUAUUUGGAGGCCAAAUCGCUCUAGCAUCAACCUAUCAUUUCUUGAUUUGCUACGCAUUGAUCAAGAUCAAAACUUUUCUGAAACCACUAAAAACGUGUUUUUUUAUUUUAUUUCCACAAGUUGUCGGUUUGUGCAAGACUUUUUUGGUGGAUAAAUCCCAAAUUCCGUAUAUUCACCCAUAUAGGGUGUUCCAAAAAUGGGAGAUUUCUUAUUAAAAAAUAUAAAAAAAAGGUUCUAUAAAGAUUGUUCCGGAAAUGCAGACUUUUCAAGAUACAGGGUGAUAACAAAAUAUUAAUAUAUUAAAUAAAAUAUUUACCCGAUUAUGGCAUUUGGCAUUAUUAUUUGUUGUAUUAAGAGGCUAAUUUAGCCCUAAAUAGAUUUAAAUUAUUAGAUCCAGUGGCGUCCCGGAGGGCACCCUAGCGAAUAUUAUUGGCAAAAAUGUACGUCACUGACUUUUUUGCAACUAUAAUAUUUGUUGUUUGAUUAAGCAUCUACAACUUCUUUGCCUUUUGUAUUUUUUUCGUAUCUCACUUCGUUUUCGAAAAAAAACUAUUUUACUGCAUGUCAAUGAACAAAUUUGGUUUGUUAAUUUUUGCCUUGGAAAAGAUCAUUUUUGCAUGGAGGUUUGACAUUUGCGCUUCAGUUCUUUUAGAAAAUAAUUAUUCACGUAAUAUUGUCGCCACCAAGAACAAUUUUCAUUAGAUGUGUAGAUGGGUGUUGUUGGUGACAAUUUAAUUGGUCGUUUCUUAUACUAUUCGUCAUUUGUUUGUCUGGGCGGUCCGUAGGAUCUUUGCCCAUUAGUCACUGUCUAAUGUACGUUAGUCGAAUCUGUCAGUACUGGUUGCCCAGAAACCAGACAAUGUGAAGCAAAAAGAGAAAGGGAAAGAGAAGAAACAUGAAGAAGAGCAAAGAAAAACAGUUUUUGUUUAAGACACCUAGGCUUUUUGACUUGGUACACGAAUUAAUUUUGAGGUGAACUAAACAAAUUUUGUUUCGGUUUUGUUAGAGUGUAGUUUUAAGUUUACUAAAAGUUCGCGCUAAUUUUUUAUUACAGUGCGAGCCGUGGCCUUGAAUGUUUACGAACUUGCUCCACUGUGUAGUCCACUGAGUCGCGCAGCAGAGGGCUGCUGUGCGAUUCCGCUUGACUAUAACGUCGCUGCGCCUGAAGUUUGACAUAAUCCCUCAAGUAAGGACUGUCAAGGUCUCUCUGUAGUGUAUCGUUUGAGAUAUUGCAUAUUGCAAAUUGUUCGCAAAGUUCUACUUUGCAGAACUUGAAGACUUUGCAUAUGCGUCUUGGCAAGAAAACACCAAGCCGCACAUGCAGUAAUGGUGUAAUCAUUUUAUAUAGGCGAACUUUGUUUAUCAAACUCAAUUUGGAGGAUCUACAUAACAAAGGAUAUAGUUGCCGAAACGCAAUUUGGAUUUUUGUUUUCAAGGCUGCUGUAUGUUUCUGCCAGGUCAUGCCUUUAUCAAGGGUGACACCGAGGUACUUGGCAGAAUUUGUCCAUGGUAAAUAAAAUAGCCUGCGUUUUCGAGUGAUUAAUUUUAAUCAGCCACCGUUCCGCCCACUCUAGUACUUCUUCCACCGCACUCUGCAACCCAUCGUGAACCAGAUCACCAGUACGUGACUGGGCAACAAGUGCAGUGUCGUCAGCAUCGAGAUAGACUUUACAGUUGCUAGGGCAAGGGACAUCAUGGAUAAAAAGCGAAUAAAUGAUUGGUCCUAGGACUGAACUCUGAGGAACACCAGCCCGUACUGGCCGUGUUGUUGACAGAACAUUGUUAAUUUUGAUCCGAAACUUCCUUCCUUCAAGAAAGGGUUUCCGUAAUUUUAGAAGCCAAAAAGGAAAACCCUGUUGGAUUAGUUUAUAAAGGAGGCACGCUUGCCUCACAUUGUCAAAGGCUUUUGAGCUCCUUCCCCAUUAUCAGUGGUACUGCUUCCUCUUUAAGCUCACAAAUGGAACAAUGUUGUCAAAACCCUUCUUACAGGGCCUUUUUGUGGUCCUUUCUUUCCACCCUUAGGCUUAAACGGUGAAUGUUAAGAGUUUAUUCAACAAGAAUUGGCCGUACUGAUAGAAAAAGUUCCUCUAAAUGUACGUAGCCAAAUAACUUUUAUGAACGAUGGAGCUCCUCCUAAUUUUAGUACACCUGACAGAACUCAUCUGAACAACACCUUUGGUGAAAAUUGGGUUGGAAGAGGUGGACCAAUUCACUGAUCACCUCGCUCCCUGACUCAAAUCCAAUUGAUUUUUAUUUAUGGGGACACCUUAAGACGAUGGUUUACGCUACUCACAUAAAAGCGAUAGAAGAAUUAAGAAAUAAAAUCGUAAAUGCGUGCGAAAAAAUAAGAAAAAGACCUCGAAUUUUAGCUAGAGUUCGUCGUUCAAUGAUUCAUCGACUGAGGAGGUCUUGGAAAUGGAUGGUGGAUAUUUCCAAAAUUUAUGUCAUGGUAUCUAUUGGAAAAGUUGCAAUAACACUCUUUCCCAGACAUUUUUUUGAUUUUUUGUUUUCCAAUGCACUUAUGAUUUUUUUAGCAAAAAAUAGUAAACUAAUUUUGACCAGUGGCAUGCAAGAAAGCGGUUUUUAUUUUUUUAGUGAGAUUUUGAAAAAAUACAAGAGUCAAAGAAGUUGUAUUUUUAGAUGCUUGAUGAAACAACAAAUAUUAAAGCUACAAAAAAGGCAGUGGCGUACAUUUUUCUUGCCAAUAUUAUUCGCUAAGGUGCCCCCGGGACGCCGCUGGACCUAACAACUUUAAUCUGUUUAGGACUCAAUUAGCUUCUUAAUACAACAAGUAAUAUCGCCAAAUUCCGACAGAAUCAAGAAAAUAUUUUUUAAGAUAUCAAUACAUUUUUUUUUAAAUUUAUCACCCGGCAUCUUGAAAACUCUUCAUAUCCGUACCCAUGUUUAAAGAAACUUUUUUCAUAUUUUUUAACAAGGAAUCACCCUCUUAAAUACCCCCGUCUAUUUUUCGAACACCCUGUAUAUUAUAUUUGAAGUGCAUAUUAUAGUAUCAUUUCAUUUUAUUUCUCGUCAUUUUGUAGUUGAAAAACAUCUUCAAUAGUCAAUAAAUUAUAUAAUGAUUUUUUGUGUUUUACCAGUGUUAUCUGACAGUUCCUAGAUUAUUUAUACUUUGUAUAGGGAAUGUGAAUUAAUAAAUCAAACUUGACGAUUUG